UUGCCUUCAAUUAUAGAGCUACACACCCCUGGUGAGGCCCCCCUUCUUUUUGCUAGCCAGUCCUGCUUAAUGCACCUGCUGGAGUGGGGCGAUGAGAGGAAGACACCGCUGCGGAUCCGAAGCCGAGGAGAGGCGUUCUGCACGCUUGCAGAAACGAAGCGGUGGGCGGGACUGUGUGUGUUAACACCAGGCGGCGGCGGCGGCAACAACAAGCAGCCGAAGCCGGGGCAGGAAAGGGCUGCCUCAGCCGCUGGACCGGCAGAGAGUGCUGCGCUUUAGGAGGGGCUGGAGUCCUCCUGAGGACUCUUAGACUUGGCUAUGAAGCCUUUCAAGGGGAAAAGCUCAGCCGGCGGCAAAGAUUUCCUAGAAGAUGCUGGAGAGCUGGCUGAGGUGCUCUGUGAAUUUGAUGCAGUGAUAGAGGAUUUUUCAUCCCCUGUAAAUGAGCGCCACUUCCAAUAUGAAGAGCAUCUGGAACGGAUGAAGCGACGGAGCAGUGCCAGUGUCAGCGAGUGCAGCGGCAUAAGUGACUCUGAGAGUGCAGAUUCACUCUACAGAAAUAGUUUCAGCUUCAGUGAUGAAAAGUUAAAUUCUCCAACAUUGACUGCGCCAGCUGCAUCUACUCCAACAAUAGCUUCUCACAAAGCAAAGCUUGGAGACACGAAAGAACUAGAAGACUUUAUUGCUGAUCUUGAUAGGACUUUGGCAAGCAUGUGAAACACUAACUGCUUUAGCAGGAUAGCUUCCUUCAAAACGUUGAACCUUGGCUGAUAUCCACUUGAUCUUUUGUCUGACGUGGCAGAGACGAGGUGGAUGCUCUCAUCUCCAACGUCCGCAGCCAUCUCCUUUUACACUGCCACAACUGUUGUCUCUUUUUCUACAGAUUCAAAUAACAUUUUUCAUAAAGUAUAGCUUAAGAUUAAUUUAAAAGUGCUUUUGUGAAAAGAUUUUUGUAAUUUUUAUAUAGUUAACUUUAAUGCUUUUCAGUUACAAUAUAUUUUUAUAUACAAAUAAAAUCUGAACUGGAAUUUUUAAAAGGUAUUAAAGGGAUGUCAACUAUUUACCUCCAUUUCAGAAGCUCACAGCAAUUAACUUGGUUAGUCUCCAUCCAUGGACUGGCUAGGACCAGACCUGCAUUAGGUGCUUCCAGGUCACCAUCCUCUGUGCUUUUACCUCUACCCUUCAAAGUUCAAACUUACCAAAUUUGCAAAUAUAUUCCAACUUGCACCAAUUAAAACAAUAGCAGGAUUGCAUAAUUCUGCCUCUGCUCCCAGAGUGCCCACUUAGAAUGAUGAAAGGUGUACUGAUGCAAUGUGACAGAAGUGUUGACAAUGUCCUAGCUGUAGCAACUGAGCUUCCACUAAGUGUCAAAACAAUUAGAACAUUUAGCUAACCUCUGGAACCACAAUGCGAGAAAAAUUGGUAUAUAAAGUAAUCUGGCUGCUGCAAACAAGGAAGCUUUACAAGAAUGAAUUGGGUUUCUGAAUAAUGAUUUCCUUCUCCAAAUGUUUUAUAAGUUUUAUCCAGAUGUUCACAGUCUAAGGAGGCAAAACAUAUUGUCAGCUUGUCUUGACUCAAUUGCAGUUUUACUCAGAGAUUGCAAUCUUUAAGGGAAAGGAAGAUAUUUCUGUAAAAAUACAGGAGGACUUCAUUAUCCGUGGAUUCAUUAUCAUUUAGAUUGUGAGCCCUUUGGGGACAGGGAUCCAUCUUAUUUAUUAUUUCUCUCUGUAGACCACCCUGAGCCAUUUUUGGAAGGGCGAAUAAAUUUAUUUAUCUAUUGAAUAAAUAAAUAAAUAAAUAAAUAAAUAAAUAAAUAAAUAAAUAAAUAUCCAUAUUUGGGAGAAAGACACCUGACCUCGGCAUAUGGGGGGGCAGCACGUCAACCUUGUGUAUCCGCGGGUCGUAAGUGGCUGGAAAUGACUGAAGGGGUCAUUUCCAGCCAUUUUGUUUCUCAGAGCCACAAAAUGGCUCCAGUUUUAAAAACUGGGCAUUCCAGGCACACAGUGUGACGUGGGGAGAGCAGCAAAGCAUGGUAAUGAGCUCCCCCCCGUGUGUGUCCCCCAAAAAAUUUGGCUGAAAAUCGGCAUUUUUUUCUAAUUUUCCUGGAGACCAGGAACCUAACCCCCAAUUCCCCACUGACUCAAUGCCUCAAUAUCUGCAGUUUACAUAUCCACAGUAUAAUUGCAGAAUGGGACCCCCGCAAAUAUUGAGGUCCUCCUGUACAUCCUUUCCCUAGAAUAAAGCUGUGAUUAAAAUAACUGCAUUAGUCAGCUUCUUAUCAGUUGUUUCUGCAGAGAAAUAAAGAUGCUUUAAAAAUCAGUUGAUAUCACAAAGAUCAAGAUGCCUAUGAAAGUAUUAUCCUGGAAAUUUUUUUAAAAAAUAUUCAGUCUAAAUUCAAAUGUGUGUAUUUUCAGUCUCAUAGCAGCUAUAACUACUUGCUGCUAACUGACAGUCUUAAUUGUACAUGCUGCCAACAGCAGCAAAAGAUACAAACUGUAUUUUGCAGUCCAGUGAAAGCUGGGAGAUAUUUUCAAGAGUUUGCAGCUUAUCUAAGGUAAGUAGGAAACACUUAUUAGUUGAUCCUGCUCUCACCAUGGAGCAGAAUAAGUAACUUCACCAAAACAGUGGCCUACAUACAGGGCAGUAAUACAAGAGCAAUAGAGCACAACCAGCAUUGCUGCACAUAAGUCAUCUCUGUCCGCACGGUUGUGGAAUGGGGCAGUUCCAUUCCAAAUUAGAGUUGCACAAAUGCAGUUCUGCAUGACAUGACACCCAUUAUUUCCAGUGAGUGUCCCGCCACACAACUCUGUCAAUGCAACUUUUACGUUGGACUGGAACUGCCCUGUUCUGCAAUAGCAGGGCCAGUUUACAUAUAUGCAGCAGUGCAGGCAGUGCUCUGCUCUCCAUAUAGAUCAGCAUUGUAGGUGGGCUAAUAACUCAAAUGACAUUUCAUAGUUUAAAAAAGGAUUGUCUACGUUUGUAAUGUUCUCUAGUUGGGGAUAACAAAACUAUUCUUAAGCAUGAAAUUAAACUUUGCUGUAUUAUGUUCUGAAUUCAUUGCCAUUGCAGGGGCUGCUACUAGAUGCACAGAUGUUGUUAGUUAAGGAGAGGGAUGAGUGAUGCUACAUUUAAAAGUGGUGCCUAAGAGCUCCUUAAGAUACUUCUUUCAUCAGCAUGUAGCUGCUCAAGCAAAUGGCCUGUUUCCACAAGGAAACAGAACAGAGCUUAUAGGCCAUUACCCAUCAGCUUCCACAAGCCGGGAUUUCCUGGUUGAGCAUCUCCUGUUCAUGGAAACUGAUCUGCAGCGCUGCAUGUGUCUCCUCUGCUGCAUGUAAUAGUCUGUAGCCCUUGCCUGAAGAGUUUAGUUCUUGCCAGUGGUAUCUCCUGUAUAAGGGCUUCCCAGUUGCUGCACCCCACCCACAUGCAGUCCUCCUCAGCAAGAGCUCAAUGGCAGGGAGAGUUCUCAAGAGCAGCUCUGUAGGGGGAGGUUCAUAAGGUAGGCCAGGCCCACCACCUCCUGAAACUGGUCUUGCAGUCACUUAUGUGGGGUGGGGCAGAACAUACAUCUUUGCAUGGAGUGGCAGUACAUGGAUACCCUUUUCUCUUGAGCCACACUGCAAGAGGAAGGAGGAGAUUGUAUUUCUCCUGGCAAAGUCAGCUGGCUUGUCUCCCUAGUCUAUUUCUGUAGGAUAUUACUCCAUGAAGCUACACAAAAAGGAGCUUUAUUUGCAAGGGAUUUGUGAAGUCAGAUCUCACACAUUCAUGCAGCUUCAUUUGAAAAAAGAAAAGAGCCCCUUUCUACUCAUGUUUUUAGCUCUCCAUUUUAAUUAAUGCAGCCUUUCAUGCCAGUGAAAGGGAGAGAGACUAUAUUUGCUGGGGACGCUUGUACAGGAAGAGGAAAGCCUCAAUAAACCUUGAAGGCAGAGAUUCUUUCUUUGCAUGUCUGCCAAAGAGACAUUGGCUGACGCCUACUACAGCCUUCCAGUGAUGGGAGCGGGGAUGCAGAUCCGCAAGAAUCCCUUAGCGUCCCUACGUGAAGAUUAUUUGCUCAGUGAAACAGGUGGGGAGAGGGAGAAGGGGGACUGAUUUCACCUCCUCUCUCCAAAAGCCCUGUACACCUGUAUAAAUAUGUGCUUGAGGGCUGUGUGACCCUCAGGGACAUAUACAAUGUAUAGGGCUUUGGAGAGAAGAGACACAAAAAUUGCUUCCUCCAUAUCUGGUCUGCUGCAUAAUGCAAAGAAGUUGAAGGCUUCUUGUGGUUUCACAGCCCUCUUUCUGCUGCCUAAGGGCUGUGCUGAAUGUCAGCCAUUGGCCCCUAUCCAGCAGUAAUCCCACAAGCGUUUGUGAACACAAGCCUGCUUAUGCAUGUAGAGGUCCUUAGCUAGCUCAAUAUUGGUUUAUUUUGCCUAAGGAAGCUAUGAUAAGAGUGCAUGCUUAGGACCAAACUAGUAUAUAAACACAUAUCUCUGCCAAUUGUAUAGAAAAAAAGAAAUGGGGACUGAUUUUAAAAUCAAAACUGUUAUAUGGGUGAGAAGCAUAGAACCCUCUCCUACCAACAGUAGCAUACCCUCCUGAAAUCUCUCCCAUUUCUCUUCCAAACCCCCACGUCCUGGCACUUUUCUUCCCCAUUGGGACUCUGACAGCAGAAGUGUCCUUUGCUGGGAGAAAAAUGCUUGGAGAGGGGAGUUGUAAGGGUGUGGAGUGCUGUAUCCUCAAGGGCUACUUAUUUGCUACUAAACUGAACCCCAGCUGUCCUGCUUUCUGUGUGACUGAGGCAGAUCAGUGUUUAAACAUGGGUCUCAUUUGGCUUUGACCACCAGAACCUUUCAGCCUCAUAUGCAGAUGUCCAGCCCUUUCUGCAACACAGCACUACUCUAGUGUUCAAUAAUGAAUCUGGGGACAAUCCAACAGAAAUAUCUUGUGUCAUUCCGAUUGAUAUGAAUUGUAUUUGCACUGACUGAUUGAGUGAUUUGCACUACAAUUUGAGUAGAGGCUGCCACAAGUUAAGAUGUGAAUUCUCAUUCCUGUCAAAGAUUAUUUCUAUCAGCGAUGGGGCUUUUUUGGAAAGCAGAUGUAGGAUUUCUGCAUAUACACUGCGUAUGCAUUGCCUGUACACUGCAUAUGCCUUGUAGUGUACAGCUGUAAGUUUGUAAGCUUAUAUAUGAAAGCAAAAGGCUCUAAAAUGUCAUACAGUGUGAUUUCAGAGUAUGACGUCAGUUUUUCAUCUUACUUAACAUUCUACUAUGUGUUUAUUCUAGAAUACUCUCAUUAAAGGUAAUAUUCUAAAGAAAGCCUA